AUGAGCAACUACGGUUACUACGGCGGGGACGGCUCCCACAACCAGCAUCCGCCGCAACAGCAGUAUGGCCAGCAAGGUCAGGGCUACAAUGACUACCCCUCUCAGCAACCUGCGUACGGCCAGCAGCCGCACGAUCAGUAUAACCAGGGGCAAGGCCAAUAUGGUCAGCAGCAGCAUAGUCCCUAUCCUCAGUCGCAAUCGCCGUAUGCGCCCCCACAGCAAGGCUAUGGCGCUCCACCCCAGGGCGACUACAACCAGGGCUACGACCAAAACCGCGGUCAUUCUCCCUACCCUCCUCAACAAGAGCAUUACGGUGCGCCGGCACAGCAAGGCUACGGUGACCAGAGCUACGGUCAACACCAGCAGCAGCAUGGCCAAUACGGUCAGCACGGUCAACACGACCAGUACGGCCAGGCUCAGGGCCAGUAUGGAGCUCCAGGAGGCCCAGGUGGUCCUGCAGAGGGCGAUCGCGGCCUGGGGUCAACAUUGAUCGGUGGCGCUGGCGGCGCAUUUUUGGGAAACAAGAUGGGCGGCGGUGUCUUGGGCACUGUUGGCGGGCUCGUGGCAGGUGCCGUGGGCGCGAACAUGCUGUCUGACAAGCACGAUAAAAAGAAGGACAAGAAGCAUAAGAAGCACGGCAGUGGCUCGCACCACGGCGCCGUCGCUGGCAGUGCUGGGCUGGGUGGACUGUACGCUGGUAGCCAUAGCAGCGGUCACAAGAAGCACAAGCACCACAAGUCGAAGAGCCGGGGUGGCUCUAGCAGCAGCUCAUCGAGCAGCGAUUCGGACUAG